GUUUGUGAAGUUCGAAAGGCGGUCAAGAUGAGGACUCUAAUUCUGUUUUCAGUUGUGAUUCUCUUAGCGUUCUCGAACGCUGAAAAAGUUCGUUUCGAUAACUACAAAGUGUACGUAGUGCAAAUUGAUAAUGAGGAACAACUGAAUGUGAUGCAUGAGAUUGAAAAGACUGCUUUUUCGAGCUAUGAUUUCUGGAAGAGUCCUUCCUACGUUGGAAAUCCCGUCGAAGUUAUGGUGGCUCCACAUAAAGCAUCCGAAUUUGCGGAGAUCAUGGACUCACUCAAAUACACACACAGUCUGAAGAUCGCCAACGUCCAGGAACUUGUUGAGAAACAAGAUCCAGCAAAUCAACCAAGGAACACUGGUUUCUGGGAAAGAUACCAGACUAUGGAUGAGAUCAAUGUCUGGAUGGAUCAGAUGCUGGCACAACAUGGAAACGUUUUGACUCCCAUUACUUAUGGAAACAGCUACGAAAUGGAACCUAUUAGGGGAUUUUUGAUGUCUUACAGGGCCGGAAAUCCAGCCAUCUUUAUUGAAUCUACUAUUCAUGCCAGGGAAUGGAUCACUGCUGCAACAACCACAUGGCUCGUCAAUGAAUUCAUAACGUCAAACGAUCCUGAAAUUCGUCGAAUUGCUGAGAGCUAUGACUGGUACAUCUUCCCAGUUACCAAUCCUGAUGGUUAUCGCCAUUCCCACGAAGUCAACCGCAUGUGGAGAACAACUCGUUCCCGUCAUGGACUGCUGUGCAGGGGAGCUGAUCCGAACAGGAACUUUGAUUUCCGUUGGCAAGAUGGAAGUGGACCCGGUGCCAGUGAUAAUCCCUGCUCUCAGACCUUUGCUGGCCCUUAUCCAUUUUCCGAGCUUGAAACCGGUCAACUUGCUAACUACGUUCUUCAGCGGUUGAAUCAUAUCAAGAUGUACUUGUCCAUGCAUAACUUCAGUGAGCUGCUGCUCUACCCAUAUGGCUGGACCUUAAAUCCAUCCCCAGAUGCACAGAGCCUCCAUCAAAUAGGACAAGCUGCAGCCGAUAGACUUAGGGUGCCAUUUGGGACUGAUUACGGAGUGCACAGCAUAAGCAACUUGUAUGUUGCUACAGGAAGCAGUCCAGACUGGGCCUACGGCGCAGCUGAUAUCAAGCUUACAUACGCCUACGAGUUCCGUGACAAUGGAACUUACGCUUUCCUUCUGCCACCAGAGCAAAUUAUUCCAAAUUCCAUUGAAGUUAUGCAAUCCCUUAUUGGUAUGAUUGACGAGAGCGAACGUUUGGGCUUUUUGUAAAUAAUUAAUAAUUAAAUGCAAGAGCAGUUUUGCGAAAAAAAAACAAA